AUGAGAGCUUUCCUGCAAGAGGCAGAAGCAAGUCAGAAGAAAGCGUCCAACUCACUUUCUGCUGUGAACAACACAACAUGGCGCUAUAGCAGAGAUGAUGCGCUGCUUGUGGAAGAAGCUAAAUUAGUUGGCAUUGACCAGCCCAAGAAACAUCUAAUUUCUCAGCUCCUCCAAGGGGAUGAUUACCAACUGAAAGUUGUUUCAGUGGUUGGUAUGGGAGGACUUGGCAAAACUACCCUGGUGAAAAGAGUCCACGAGGAUCCUGAAGUCAGAAGGCAUUUCCCAGUUCGUGCUUGGGUAACUGUCUCUCAGACAUGUGACUUUCAGUACCUCCUGAAAGACUUGAUUCGGCAGUUACACAAGGAAGGGAAGAAACCAGUCCCACAAUCGAUCGAGUCUUCGAAUACCACCGAGCUCAAAGAAAUUAUCAAAGAUUUUCUUCAACAAGCUGGAAGGUAUGCAAUUAUUUUUGAUGAUGUAUGGGACGUGGAAUUUUGGAAUACCAUCAAAUUUGCUCUGCCCGAGAGCUGCUGUGGCAACCGUGUCAUGCUAACAACUAGAAAAGCUGAUGUAGCCUCUGCCUCUUGCAUUGAAUCUCGGCGUUUUGUCUACAGAAUGGAGCCACUAUCAGUUGAGGAUUCGAGGACCCUGUUUUGCAACAAGAUCUUUAACGGUGGUAACUGCCCUAGCCAUUUGAUGGAUGUUGCCAAAGGUAUAUUGGAUAAAUGUGAGGGCUUGCCCCUUGCUAUUCUUGCAAUCGGUGGGCUUUUGGCUUCGAAAGAUGUAAACAGAAUAGAUGAAUGGGAGCUGGUUCGACGCUGUCUCGGGGGUGAAUUAGAAGGCACGGGUAAGCUGGACAGAGUUAAAAAGAUACUCUCUCUCAGUUAUGGUGAUUUGCCUUGGCAUCUAAAGGCAUGUCUGUUGUACACAAGCAUCUACCCAGAGGAUUGUGAAAUAGCAUGCUAUGACCUAAUUAAUUUGUGGAUUGCUGAAAGGUUUGUAGAAGGGAGAGAAGGAAUGAGUAUUGAAGAUGUAGCCUGGAAUUAUCUCAGUGAACUCGUUAAUAGAAGUCUAAUUCAAGUGUCUAAGGUGUUUUAUGAAGGAAUACCCAACAAAUGUCGAAUCCAUGAUCUAUUGAGAGAAGUUAUUCUUCUCAAGUCAAGGGAACAAAACAUGGUCACAGUUACUACUGGACAGCCGACGACGUGGCCGUCCGAGAAGGUACGCCGUCUAGUAGUCCAUGGUAGUAGCAGUAACAACACCCAGCACCACCAACAAAGACGAAGUUAUUGCUUUGACCACCUUCGGUCGUUCAUUACAGUUGGAUCCAUGAGCCCGCUACUAUCCAAAACGUUGUUAUCUGGAAUUUCAAGGAGUAGUAAGCUGUUAAAGGUUUUGGAUUUUCAUGGUCAAGAGACACAGGAGGAAAUACCAAAUGAGAUUUUCAAGAUGUUUCAUCUCAAGCAUCUGGACCUAUAUGGUACAAGAGUGGAGAGAGUCCCAAAAGCCAUUGGAAAGCUUCAACAUUUGGAGUUUCUUGAUUUGGGAGAUACUGGAGUUAGGGAAUUACCCAUGGACAUCCUAAAGCUGCAAAAACUUCGGUUUCUCAAAGUAUAUCAACAAGUUAAUUCUUCCGAUGAUGAUUAUGGAUAUCAUGGGUUUAAAGCUCCCUCGAAUAUGGGAGUGCUUCUUGCCCUAGAAAUAUUAAACUGCGUAGAUGCAAGUAGUGGGUCCACAAUAAUCAAGGAGAUAGGAAAGCUGUCCCAAUUAAGAGAGCUAUAUAUUACAAAGUUGAGAAGAGAAGAUGGAAAGGAACUCUGCUCCUCCCUUGCCAACCUCACCAGUCUUCAGAGAUUAAGGGUUGAAUCAAUUGGAAAUGGUGAUGAUCAUGAUACAAUCGAUCUAAAUCAUCCUUCUUCUUCUUUUCUUCAAUCUCUUCAUCUGCUGAUUUUGUGUGGCCGCUUAGAAAAGAUGCCACAAUGGGUAGCUCAUCUUCACGGCUUGGUAAGAAUAGAUUUGAAUUGGAGCAGGUUAAGAGGCGAGGAGGAUCCGCUUGAAUCCCUCCAACAUUUGCCCAAUUUGGGUGAAAUUAAUUUCUGUGGAUCUUACCAGGGAGAAGGGUUGUGUUUCCAGGCUGGAGGGUUCCUAAAUCUGAAGUGGAUGCAAUUAAAGAGAUUGGAAGGGUUGAGAUGGAUGAGAGUGGAGGAGGGUGCAUUGCCUCGUCUACAAACACUAUUUUUGCGGCUACUUCCAUUACUAGAGGAGUUGCCUUUGGGUAUCCAGCACUUGAUCCAGCUUCAACGGCUGAUUUUGGCUGAGAUGAGUUCUCAAUUGAGAGAGAAGCUGUUAGAGAAUCAGAAGGAAGAAAGUGAAGAUUACACAAGAAUCGCACAUAUUCCUGAAAUUUUCAUUGGUUACUAUACAGAUGAUAGGAAAUGGAGACACCGCAACCUGUGGGAGGAGAAGAAGAAAACAUAG